AGUUGACUUCAACAGGAUGAAAAGGCCACAGAAUUUUUCAGUAAAAAUCAGUAAGAAACCAAGAAGGGAAGAAGUUGUAUCAGAAUUGGCCUUGGAUGAUACAAAACAGUCACAAGCGCAGCCCCUUCAACUUGCAAAAAGCAGCCCGUCAGUUACAGAAAUAAAUAACGAUACCUCCAAAAUUGAAAACAGUCUUCCUGAAUGCUGGACAAUGCAACAAUAUAACAGUUUCAAAGGGAAAUAUGACGGUAUGGAAAUUUCCAACAAAAAGUUGGGCUGCAAGUAUUGUGCAAAACAUGACUUCCUAAAAAUGCGAAGUAUUCAUGUGUCAAAAGAAUGGAAAUAUUUUCAGAUCGAGGCAGCAGGGAGAACUAAAGAGGUAAAACAAGCUUCUCUAAGGAAAAAAAUGAAAGAACAUUUUUCAUCAAAAGCUCAUAAUAUUUGUAAAGAGAAGAUAAUAGAAAUGGAGCAGGCUUCAGAGGCAAAAUGUAAGACGAAUGAAAAAAAUGUACAAGCUGCUUGUAGAGUAUUUAAUACAGUUUACAGCUUGGCACAAAGAUGUAAACCAAUUUCAGACAUAGAAGGUGAGAUAGAAGUGCAAAUUAAAAACGGAUUAGAUAUGGGAAUAGGAUUACAUUCAUGUAAAACUGCAGUGAACAUAGUUGGUUUCAUUGCAAAAGAAAUUAAAAAACAAUUAUUUGCUAAAAUUAUUGAAAAUAAUCUGAAAAUAUGUUUGAUUAUUGACGAAGCCUCAACAAUAUCUUGCAAACCAGUUCUUAUACUUUUCUUAAAAGUUGAGGAUUCAGUUACAUCACCAACUAUUUUCCUUGAGCUCAUUGAAUUGGAAAAACAAGACGCAGAGACAAUAUGUUCUUCAAUUAUGGAAAGUUUAAAUAAAGUUGGGCUUACUGAGAACUAUCUUAUACAAAAUUUAGUAGGAUUUUGCUCCGAUGGUGCCAGCCUUAUGCUUGGGAGGAAAUCUGAAGUGAGCACUAGGAUAACCAAAAAAUUUCCAAACAUAGUAAUUUGGCACUGUUUAAACCACCGCCUCCAACUUGUGUUAGAUGAUUCGAUAAAGGAAAUAAAGCAAGUCAAUCAUUUUAAAAUAUUUAUUGAUAAGAUGUAUACUAUUUUUCAUCAAUCCAAUAGGAACCAAAUUGAACUUACCAAAAUAUCUGAACAACUUGGAACUGAAAUUAUAAAAAUUGGUAGUAUUUUGGGACCAAGAUGGGCUGCCUGUAGUUUAAGGUCAACCCUAGCUGUGUGGCACGCUUAUCCAGCGUUACAUCGCUGUUUUCAUUCAAAUGAAAAGUACUUCGGUAUGGCUGCCCGUCUUGAAAAUAUAUAUUUUAUAACCGAUUUGGCAUUGAUGAUUGAUAUUCUGAGUGAAAUUUCUCGUCUUUCAAAUGAACUGCAAGCAAAAGAUGUGGACAUAACAAAGGCUGAAAAAAUUGUGAGAAGUUCUAUUACAGCAUUUCAGGUACUCCAAAAGGAAAAGGGUCCCUUCGAAAGAAAAGUUGAUGAAUUAAUUACUUCGGAAACCUUCAAAAAUAUACAAUUUGUAAAAAAUCACCGAUUUGUUGGGCUUCCUCGGGAGAGACUUCUAGAAAACAUCGUAAUGAAUUUGAAGAAAAGACGAAUGGAUUGUGAACAUUUAAAAACAGAUUGCAGCCCAUUUCAAGACAGGACUAAAUUGCAGUUUCUCAAAUUUUUGGAACCAGAAUCCUGGAAUAUUGAAGAAGUAGCAGUCCCAUGGAAAGCAGGUGAAGAACAAUUGCUUGAAUUUAAUGACAUUUUUAAUUACCAAAUUGAUAUUAAUGAUUAUCGAGAUUUUGUGGAAAACGUUUUAGAAAAUUCCCAGAACUACGCAAUUCCUAAAAGUGUUCAAAGAGCUAAAAAUAUUGUCAGGACAGUUGCUGUAAGUUCAAUAGAAGCGGAAAUGGGUUUUUCAAACAUGAACAUAAUUUGUUCAGAGAAGAGAAGUUCGCUAACUGUUUCUGAUAUAUCAAACGUAAUGACUAUUAGUCUAAUCGGCCUACCUCUAAAGGAAUGGGAUCCUACUUCUACAGUGAAAAGAUGGUUAAGGGAAAAUCACAUGGCUGAUUAUGGAGUAAAAAUUGCAAAUGACACCAAUCGAAAAGCAAUAUGGAAAUACCUGACGUAACAGUUUUAUUAGUUUUUGUCAGGUAUUAUGUAUUAGUUUUUCAUGAAUAUUUAAAAUCUAGUUUUCUGUACCUCUUUUAUUCUUAUUUAAAUGUCAACCCU